AUGAUUGUGAGAGAGUGGCUAGAAGAGCAGCAUCAUGAGCGGUUGCUCAUCGUCGAUGAUGCUGACGAAGCCUCAUUGUUUACUUCCGAGGGCAAUAUCAAACGGGGCAAGCUGGGAACAGCAAGGCAAGCACAUAAGCAUCUUUCAACCUUGGGUUACCUCCCAGAUUGCUCCCAUGGCUCAAUCGCCAUCACAACUCGAGAUCGUGGGACAGGGGUUAAAUUCACCAAAAGUUGUGCGCAUAAUCUUAUUGAGGUUGUCCCUAUGACGAAAGCGGAGUCAGCAUACCUUACCAAAUCUUCUGCGACUGCGAAGUGUCCUGAGGACUCAGAAGUAGACAAACUUGCUAAAUUACUCGAGCAUCUGCCGCUUGCGAUAGUACAAGCUAUGCCUUUCAUACAGGAAAUUUCACUAAUGGUGGGUGAAUAUAUCGAGUUAUACAAUGACAGCGACGAAACUCGGAGGGAUUUACUCUGCGAGCCAUUUGAAACUAUAAUCAAGGACGGCUUUGAGAAGAAAGCCGUUCAGGCCAUGGAUAUCCUUGCAAGGGCGUUUCCUGAUACCAAUGGUGAGAAUCGGAGUAUGUGCGGAGCUUAUUUGCCCCAUGCCCAGUCAGCUCUCAGGUAUAUUCCAGAACUGCAUGAAGAGGGCUUGAAGAAGAGAAGGCUAUAUCUUCAAGAGGGAAUAUCUUACUAUCUGUGGUCACAGGGCCGCUGUAAUGAGACCGAGCAACUAGAUCUUCUGAUAUUGGAGGAGAAGAAGCAGUGCUUUGGUAGGGACCAUCCAGAGACUUUGGAGAGCAUGGCCAGUCUGGCAUCGACAUAUCAGGUCCAGGGACGAUGGUCAGAGGCAGAAGCAUUGGAUAUGUAUAUUGUCGAGACAAGGAAAAUGCUGCUAGCACCACGCCACAGUGUUACUUUGAUUAGUAUGGCAAACCUAGCCUCGGUCUAUGAGUACCUUGGCCGACUCCAAGAGGCAGAGACUCUGAGAAUGGAAGUUCUAGAGGAGAAAGUCAAUUUUCGGUGA